AAUCAAAUAUCUCUCCCUCUUCUUCACUUAACCCACCGAAACCAAUUCCAAUCAUUUUUCCUUCACAGCUUCACGAUUUUAAUACUCAAAACAUAGUAUUUUUCUUGGGUUUCUUUUUUCAUCCAAUUCUACAGUGUUUUGAGAGAGAUAUUCUUACUUUUUUAUUUUUUAUGAUAAUGGAGAAGUGUUUAAAUUCUAAACAAAAGAAAGACCCUUUCUUGUUUCUACCAUGUGAAUUUUGCAACUCAAAAGCAGCAAUCUUGUAUUGUAGAGCUGAUUCUGCUAAGCUUUGUUUGCUAUGUGACCAGCAAAUUCACUCUUCAAAUACUCUGUCUCUCAAGCAUGUAAGGUCACAGAUCUGUGACAAUUGCGGAGCUGAACCUGCUUCAAUUCAUUGCUCAAAUGAUAAUCUUUUUCUUUGUCAAGAUUGCGAUUUGGAUUCACAUAACAGCAGUUUUUCUGUAUCCUCCCUUCAUAAUAGAAAUCCAGUUGAAGGUUUCAUGGGUUGCCCUCCAAUUGUUGAGCUUGCUUCUUUGUUUGGGUUUGAUUUCAAAUCUGAUAUUUUUGUGGAUUCUGUUCCUGGGUCGUGUUCGUUUGAGCAAGAUGGGGUUAAUUUUCAAGAUUUUGCGGUUUCAAGUGAUAAUUUCUCUGUUUUGUCAAGUUCUGGGAAGAGUAGGCAAGAAGUGUAUAAGCAGUUAGUAGAGAUGGGAAAGAGGGGAGUGGUGAGAGUGAAUGGAGAUGGAGCUGAAUUGGGGCCUGACAAUCCACCGAGUAGAUGUGCAGUGCAAUGGAAUUCGGAGAUUCUUGAAUUGGAGAAUGGGGAUGAAGAAUUGUUGCACCAGCAAACACCAUUUACCUCUUUGCUUAUGUUGCCAUAUCAUGUAGAUGCAAGCGAGAAUGACUGUGUAUCUGAUCUAGGUUUCAUGUGGGAUUGCAAUUAUACCUCUCAAGGAGCUCAGGUAUGGGAUUUCCAACUUGGAACAUCAUUAGAUUGUACAAUACCUGGUCCACAAGAAGAAGGAUAUGAUGUAAAGGAUCCUGGUUUCAUGGUCAAGAACUAUGUCGACUUCACUGAAGAUGGUGCCCUCGCUACACAGAAAGUAUUGGAUGAUGGUCAUGUGACGAGCUGUUGCUCUACAACGUGUGAGGAUAACUUGUCAAGAAAUAGUUGCUCCAACCAGCAAUUGUCAAGGUACAAACCACCAACAGAAAAUUGUAACAAUACACCCCUAACAGGACUGUCUCCAGAAUCCAUGCCAGGUGAGCCUGAUGCACAUAUCCAGCUCAUGGAGGAACCUUCUCUCACUUGGUUUGAAACACUAAAUGAGGUGAGACAAAAGGGUGAUGCGGGACUUUUUGCACAGAACAGAGGCAACGCCAUGUUGCGGUACAGGGAAAAGAAGAAAAAUCGAAGAUAUGAUAAACGUAUCCGUUAUGAAUCAAGGAAGGCUAGAGCUGAUACGAGAAAGCGAGUGAAAGGGCGGUUCGUAAAGGCAAUAGAAAAUUACUGAUAUACAUCUUCCUUAGAUUUUCCCGCUACAAUCUGCAGCCUCGCAGCAGUUUCAUUUCACUUGAAUAAAGUUCUAUAGUAGUGGUAUCAAAUGAGGAUGGAGUUCAAUGAAGAGAUAAGUAUAUAUUUGGCUACCUGCAGUAUAGGCAAUAAAUCUCCAUAGCUCUAUAAAAUCUCCCGAUUGAGGAAGAGCUGAGAGGCUAAUAUGUUCAGAUCAGUGCAUUUUUGAAGAAUAUUUACUUUGAGCGUCGUAGAGAUGCCUUGUCGACGCAGAGGAAAACCCGUGUUUUUGGGCAAAGAAUCGCCAUUGAUGCUUUGGCCAGAGUUGGUUGUGACCUGCAAUCCUUUGGACCACAUUAAUGGUGAGAGCUUUAAUAAACAUUCUCUGCAGAAGUCAUUAGAGAGAAGUUCUUACUCUGACCGUAACAAUGCUUCAUUGUCCUUUGCUUCAGCAAUGACAGUGACAAUGCUUCAUUUAAGGUUGUUGAGAAAUUGAAUGUUGAUAUUCAGUAAGAUUGAAUGGCUACCGUA